AUUGGCCAUUUCUUAAUGCAAGACAUCGCCUUUCUGUCUGGUGGCCGAGGAAAGGACAAUGCUUGGAUCAUUACUUUUCCAGAAAACUGUAAUUUCAAAUGUAUACCAGAAGAAGUAAUAGGAAAAGUGCUCAGUUAUCUGACAUCUAUUGCAAGGCAAAAUGGGUCAGACUCACGAUUUACCAUUAUUGUGGAUAGAAGAUUAGAUACGUGGUCUUCUCUCAAAAUCUCCCUUCAAAAAAUCUCAGCUUCUUUCCCUGGGAACUUGCACUUGGUUCUGGUUUUACGUCCUACAAGUUUUCUUCAGCGCACCUUUACAGACAUUGGAUUUCGAUUCAGUCAGGAAGAUUUCAUGCUCAAAUUACCAGUUGUUAUGCUGAGCUCAGUUAGUGGUUUGCUGACAUACAUUGAUGACAAGCAGUUAACCCCCGAGUUAGGCGGCACCUUGCAGUACUGCCACAGUGAAUGGAUCGUCUUCAGAAAUGCUAUAGAAAAUUUUGCCCUCACAGUGAAAGAAAUGGCUCAGGUAUUACAGUCCUUUGGAACUGAACUGGCUGAGACUGAGCUACCAGAUGACAUUCCUUCCAUAGAAGAAAUUCUGGCAAUCCGUACGGAAAGGUACCGCCUGUUGAAGAAUGAAAUUAUGACUGUAACCAAAGAAGGACAAAUUCUGCUAACAAAUCUCCAAUUACCCGCCACUGAAGGAGCUAUCAGUUCAAGUCUUGAGCAUCGACAUCCCAUUUGUGGUGACUGGCAAACUGUCAACAAAUUGCUGACUCAAGUGCAUGAUAUGGAAACUGCUUUUGAUGGAUUUUGGGAAAAACACCAAUUGAAAUUGGAGCAGUAUCUGCAACUAUGGAGAUUCGAACAAGAUUUUCAAACGAUUGUAGUUGAUAUUGAAGAUUUAUUGAAACAACAAUCAGAGCUGCUUGACAUAUCAGGGAAUAUAAUUCAAGUAAAGCAUAAAAUUAAAAGACUGGAAAACUUGGAGGAAAACUCUCAGGCACUGGUAACAAAGGCCCGGUGUGUAAUAUUACAUGGCCACCAGCUUGCAGCAAAUCACCAUUACGCGCUUGAUUUAAUUUGCCAGAGGUGCAGUGAACUUCGUUACCUCUCUGAUGUUUUGGUUAAUGAGAUCAAAAUGAAGCGAAUACAGCUCACCAGGACCCUAAAAAUGCACAAGCUCCUACAACAGGCUCGGCAAUGCUGUGAUGAAGGGGAAUGUCUUCUAGCUAAUCAGGAAACAGAGAGGUUUCAGACUAAAGAAGAUGCUCAGAAAGCUCUUGAUGAUAUAAAAAAUUUCAUUGAGUCAUCUUUGCCUUUUAUCAAUUAUGAUGCUGAAAGCCUACAGUAUGAAUUUGAUGUGUUUUUAUCUCCUGAACUCAAGAUUCAAAUGCAGACUGUUCAACUCAAGCUUGAAAAUAUUCGAAGUAUGUUUGAGAACCAUCAGAUGGGAUUCAAGAAACAGACACAAAAUCAUGCACGGUCAAUGCAGUUUAUAGUUCCUGGCCCUGAAAAUCUGACCAGAUCUAAAUAUGUGGGAAUUGGAUACUCUUUCUUUCAAGCAUGUAAACUUUUUUUAAAAGGGAAGAAGACUUGGAGACCGAAUCACAGCAGUGCAAAAGAUGAUGAGGAUUAUGAUUGUCAGAAGAGCAACUGUGGUCCAUCUUCCAGUUUGGACAGUGAUAAUGGCUUGGAUAUUUUAAAGAACCAUGUUCUAAAUGAGCUGAUACAGACUGAGAAGGUGUAUGUUCAAGAACUAUUUACUGUUUUAUUGGGCUAUAGAGCGGAAAUGGAUAAUCCAGACAUGUUUGCUCUUAUGCCACCUCUUCUGAGAAACAAAAAGGACAUCCUCUUUGGAAAUAUGGCAGAAAUAUAUGAAUUCCAUAACAACAUAUUCAUGAGCAGCCUGGAAAAUUGCUCUCAUGCUCCAGAAAGAGUGGGAUCUUGUUUCCUGGAAAGGAAGGAUGAUUUUCAGAUGUAUGCAAAAUAUUGUCAGAAUAAGCCCAGAUCAGAGAUAAUUUGGAAGAAGUACUCAGAAUGUGCCUUUUUCCAGGAAUGUCAAAGAAAAUUAAAACACCGACUUGGUCUGGAUUCCUAUUUACUCAAACCAGUGCAGCGUAUCACUAAAUAUCAGUUACUUUUAAAGGAGCUAUUAAAAUACAGCCAAGAUGGUGAAGGAUCUGCUCAAUUAAAGGAGGCUGUUGACACCAUGCUGGAUUUACUGAAGUCAGUGAAUGAUUCCAUGCAUCAGAUUGCAAUAAAUGGCUAUAUUGGAAACUUAAAUGAACUGGGCAAGAUGAUAAUCCAAGGUGGAUUUAGCGUUUGGAUAGGACACCGGAAAGGUGCUACAAAGAUGAAGGAUUUUGCAAGAUUCAAACCAAUGCAACGGCAUCUUUUCUUAUAUGAAAAAGCCAUUAUUUUUUGCAAAAGACGUGUUGAAAGUAGAGAAGAUGCUGAUCGAUACCCAUCGUAUAGUUUUAAGCACUUUUUGAAUAUGGAUGAAGUUGGAAUCACAGAAUAUGUGAAAAGUGAUAACCGCAAGUUUGAAAUCUGGCACGGUGGGAAGGAAGAAGUUUAUAUUGUACAGGCUAAAAGUGUAGAUGUGAAGAUGUUAUGGCUAAAAGAAAUAAGAAGUAUUUUGUUGAAGCAACAGGAACUUAUAACAGUGAAAAAACGGAAGCAGCAGGUCGUAGAGCUGAGUGAUGUUUGCCCUCAGCAGAGUGAUGAGUAA